AUGGGCUCCAGUGGUGGACCGCUAUACAUCGGCUUCGACCUUUCGACGCAACAACUAAAAGGCCUCGUCGUCUCAUCAGACUUGAAGGUCGUCAACGUCGCUAAAUUCGACUUUGACAGCGACUCAAAGGGAUUUGAUGUCGAGAAGGGCGUCUUGACCAAUGAAGCUGAGCGGGAGGUUUUUGCGCCAGUCGCCAUGUGGCUACAGGCUUUGGAUGCCGUGCUUGCAGACCUGAAGCAACAGGGGCUUGAUUUUAGCUUGGUGAGAGGUAUUAGCGGUGCGGGGCAGCAGCAUGGGAGCGUAUACUGGAACGGGUCUGCAGAGAGGAUAUUGAGCAGCUUGGAUAAGGAGAAGACGUUGGAAGACCAGCUGCAAUUGGCACUAUCUCAUCCGCACAGCCCGAAUUGGCAGGAUGCUAGCACGCAGAAAGAGUGUGAUGAGUUUGACGCUUUUCUUGGUAGCGAAGAGGAAUUGGCGAAGGUGACGGGGAAGAUUUACUGGGCCCCAGAUACUGAGAUUUCAGCGAAAGUUGCCCCGUUCGACAUAUCGGAUGUAUGUGGCAUGAACUUGUGGGAUAUUCCGACCAACCAGUGGAACGAGCGUCUUCUCAAGCUAUGUGCCGGUGAGGUUGGACCGGAAGAGCUCAAAAAGAAACUGGGAGACGUGCCUCACGAUGGAGGACAUCAUCUCGGGAAAAUCAGCAACUAUUUCGUGGAACGAUACUCCUUCCACCUAGACUGUAUCAUCACUCCCUCUACGGGAGACAACCCGGCAACUAUCCUUGCUCUCCCAUUGAGGCCACUCGAUGCAAUGGUAUCCCUGGGGACAUCGACUACAUUCUUGAUGUCGACUCCACAGUACAAACCUGAUCCGUCAACGCACUUUUUCAACCACCCGACGACGCCGGGGUUGUAUAUGUUCAUGCUCUGCUACAAGAACGGCGGCCUCGCCCGUGAAAAAGUGAGAGAUGCGAUCAACCAGAAGUCAGAAACAAAAGAUCAAUCGAACCCUUGGAGUAACUUUGACAGGGUGCUACUGGAAACGGCCCAAGUUGGUCAAAAGACAGACUCGGAUCCGAUGAAAAUGGGCCUCUUCUUCCCUCGGCCGGAGAUAGUACCCAACCUUCGAGCGGGGGAAUGGCAUUUCAAUUAUACACCGAGCCAUGGAGAAGGCCUUACAGAGACCGAUGAAGGUUGGAACCACCCGUGGGAUGAUGCUCGAGCAAUUGUCGAGAGCCAGUUCCUCUCCCUUAGGCUACGCUCGAAGGAAUUAGUCCACAGUCCAUCCGAGGGGAUUCCGCCACAGCCCAGACGGAUAUAUCUGGUCGGCGGCGGCUCGCGUAACGCAGCCAUUGCCAAAGUUGCAGGCGAAGUCCUCGGCGGCAUUGAAGGCGUGUAUAAGCUGGACGUGGGUGAAAACGCGUGUGCCUUGGGCGCGGCAUACAAGGCCGUGUGGGCGUUGGAGCGGUCACCAGGCCAGACCUUUGAGGAUCUAAUUGGGCAGAGAUGGAAAGAAGAAGAGUUUGUGGAGAAGAUAGCAGACGGAUACCAGCCUGCUGUGUUUGAGAAAUACGGUCAAGCCGUGCAUGGCUUUGAGCAGAUGGAGAAGCAGAUACUCAAGUCAGAAGCAGACAGGAGGUAG